AUGGUGAUGGUAGACGAAAGUUACUGGGAAGCCGGCACUGUGGCUCUUUUUGAGCGUAAACCGGCCCACGAGAAGCCGGACCCUCGGGACGCCUCAGCAGAAGCACAUGAAGUCAUGCUCCGUACUACCGAGAGCCACGCCCAUCCGCGGUUUCAAUGGCUGGAGUAUGAAAUUGUGGAUAUGGCCUUGCAGGUGUGGAUGCCCGCAGGAGACCUUGGACAUGUGGUUGGCAUAGGGCGGCAGGCUAAGUUGCGGGGUAGAGCCGUGGGGGCAGAGGCCUCGAUUCAACGACUUCGCCAUCUAGAUCAGGGCCAAGGCAUGAAGAACCGGCCAACCGGUGCGCUUUCGGUGGAACGCUGGCAGCCUAUCGGGUUGCUGAUGGUUCCCAAAGUUGGAAACCUCCCCUGGCGCCAUGCUACUCUGCCCGUCCUGACGGCCCUGGCCAUCGGAUGCAUUCCUAUGAUUGGUGAGUGGGAGAAGCUGUCCGUAUGGCUUGCUCAGGAUUGGCAUCUUGAUGCGGCAAACGGAGGUCCGACACUGCACUGGCAAUUUGCAAUGGCCUAG